AUGGGGAAACGAACAUUGCACGGCAAGUCCGAGAUCGAUAUUGAAGGAUUCCACAUCCCAAGAAGUGUAGGAGAGCUGGAAGCACUCAUCACCAAAUCCAAAGUUGCUUCCAUUCAUGACUUGGACGAGGGCUACCUGGGUUCAGGAUCUCUAGGCGAAUACGGCCUUAGCCAGGUGUGGGCUCAGGCCAUCAAGAUAGUCAAAAACGACUCGCAACUCAAGGCAUAUCUGGGCCUCAUCUCGAGUGGAGUACCAGUCACAAAAGUUGCCUUCGGGCAGAACGUCUAUCCGGGCUUUUUCGCCGCAGUGAAGUACGCCCAAGAUCAGAUCAAGGACGUGCGAGAUAGGCUUUCUACAACAGGCCGCGAGACUCGGAGCAUAUCACGCAUGUCGACUAGAAAACCUCUCAUUACAUUCUCGAAUCCCUUCGAACAAGAAGUAGAGUCACAUAGAGUGGACAUGGAAUACGAAAAUAACGAGAUGACUGAGGCAAGGGCUAAAAAGACGCCAAACACUGCAUUGGUUUUACUGUUAUAA